AUGUCAAAAAGUGAAAACUUUAAACCAUUCAAAUUAAAUCAACAACAAAAUAUUAAAAAACCUUUAUUUCAUAGUAAUUUUACAAGUAAAUUGGUUCUUGGAAAAAAACCAAUUACAAUAAAAACACAAAAUAAUGAUUUAAAAAAACCAUUCACUAUACAUCCUAGAAACUUUAUAUCACAUAAAUCAAAAGAAGAAAUUCAUAUUGAUUCUUUCUCAAUCGAAGAAGUUUCACAACAUCAAAAUGAAGAAUAUGAUAUUUCAAUUGAGUCAUAUUCACAAAAAGAAGAAGAGCUCAAAAAGUAUAUGAAAGAUGAUGAUGAAGAAAUAACUCAACUAUUAAGUCAGUCAGUAUUUAAAAGAACAUCAAAACCUUCUGAUACUUCUCUUUCUUAUGAAGAAAAAAAUAAUUUAACACAACCAUCGAGUGAUGAUAGUUGGAAAACAGUUAGUGUUCAAAAAUUCACUAAAGAAUGUCCUCAAAUUUAUCAUUUAGAAAAUGUUAAUACAUCAUCAUCAUUAAACAACCAAAUAGAAGAUAGUAAAUUGAAUUCAAGAGUUUUAUUAAAAAAUUUACAAAUACCUAUUGAACAAGAAAAUAAACAAAAUACAUACGAUUUAUCAACAGAGUCUUUUAGUCCAAAAAUAACAACAGAGUCAUUUGGUUCAUUAUCAUUAAAAGGUAUAGAAUCAUUAUUUACAAAUAAAAUAUUAGAACCUAAUAUUUUAAAUAAUAAUACUGUUUCUUUGGAAGAAAGCCAACAUAAAGAAGAACAAAAUAGUUCAAUGACUAUUGAAGAAAAUACAAAAGAUGAACAUAAUGAACUUGAAUUAGAAGAUGUAGUAAGACAAGUUGAUAAAUACAAUGAAGUACAACAGAAAGAAAUAUUUAUUGAUGACAAACAAGAUAAAUGGGAAAGUAUGGAAAUUACUACUCAUCAAGAACAAAAACAGGAUGACCACUCUCUUUCUUCAGCAACGGAAUUAUCUCAAAGAUGCUCUAUGGAAUGGGCUAAAGAUGAGUAUGAAGAGAAUAAACUACAAGAAACAAUUCAAUCAAUUAGAGAUCUAAAGAGUGAAUCACGUAUAGAUAAUUUAUCUGAUACAAAUAAUAUUCAAGUAACAUUAUUAAAUAAAGAAGAUAUUUUAAAACAACGAGAUGGGAUAUUAUUCUAUAAGAAGUUUAAUUCAAUUGAACAUAGUUCACAAGUUGAUAGUGACUUCAAAUUUGGUAAACCUAGUAAUAAAGAAUGGAAAAUAGUUACUUAUAACAAAGAACCAUUUAUUAUCAAUAAAAGUAAUUAUUCUAUUUAUCUAGCAACAUGUGGUAAAUUAGUUUUUUUUGCUAUUAAACCAUCAUCUCCUAAUAAAUGUCCAUUAAAGGUAGAAAUAGAUGAUUGUGUGUUUAUUCAUAAUGACCCUCCUAUCUAUUUUAUCAAUGAAUGUAAUAUUAUUGAUUCAAUGUCAUUAAAUUCAGUUCCAUUAUCAUUAAAACUAAUGUAUAGUCACCAUAUUAAAGAAGUCCAAAUAAUUGCAGAGAAAAAAAUACCAUGUCUUAAUUCAAUUGUAAAUAUUGACUGCGAAUUUAAUGAAACAAUAAUACUAAAUUGUCAAAUUGUACAACAACUCUCAUUUAAUAUUCCAGACACUUUAUUUGGAGAAGUAGCGGCAAUAGUUAAAGAAGAAGGAAAGGGAUAUAUUUUUAUUUUUCCAAAAAAUACAUGGAGUUAUGUUAAUGAAUAUUGUUCAACAGAAUCUAAAAGAAUGAAAGGAAUUUAUAUAAGAGACUUAUAUUUAAAUUUAUCUACAAGUGCAGUACCAAUAUAUAGAUUUCAAUGUUUAAUUUAA